UCUUACCUUGUGUUAUUAUUACAUGUUAUUGCAUUUGUCCAGCAGGGGGCAAACUCACUCUUGGUAUUAAAAGAGCCUGUUGUACAUGUUCCCAGGAGGAAGUCCCGGAAGCAUGUUACCAAAGUAAAACCAGUUAAAUCUACUCCUAUGUUGUGGACAUACACUUAUUGAUCACAAGAUACAACAUAUUAUUGGCGACGAGGAUUAAGAAGAGGAUUAAGACAAGGAUCAAUACGGGAUCAAAGAGGACAUGCCGAACGGACUGGUUAGCACCUUAUGGAGGAGGCAGGAUUGCGUCUGAGAAGGAGCAAGUGCACUUUCCUGGAAGAGGAAGUGGAAUAUCUGGGACAUCGAGUGGACGCACAGGGACUUCACCCUGUGGAAAAGAAAGUCAAAGCCAUCAUGGAGGCUCCCAACCCCACAAAUGUUACUGAACUCAAGUCGUACUUAGGUUUGCUAAAUUACUAUAACAAAUUUCUGCCAAACUUAGCUACACUAUUGGCACCACUGCAUGAGCUCCUGCGACAAGAUGUGCGAUGGACAUGGCAAAAGAAACUGGAAGAGGCUUUUAAAAAAUCAAAGGCCCUGUUAAACUCAGCAGAAGUGUUGGUGCAUUACUCUGCUGACCGAGAGUUAAUUAUGUCAUGUGAUGCGUCACCUUACGGGGUGGGCGCUGUUUUAUCACACGUAAUGGACGAUGGAACUGAACGUCCUUUGGGGUUCAUGUCGCGUACUCUAGCGCCUGCUGAAAAGAAUUACUCUCAGCUAGACAAAGAAGGCUUAGCAGUUAUAUUUGGAAUCAAGAAAUUCCACAAGUACUUGUAUGGUCGAACUUUCACCAUCUAUACAGAUCACAAGCCACUGAUCUCUCUCUUCAACGUAAAAGAAACCCACUCCACAGAUGGGUUCCCCUAGAGUUCAGAGAUGGGCAGUGCACCUGAGUGCCUAUGAGUAUCACAUUGUGUACAAAUCAGGAAAGAACAACGCUAAUGCGGACGCAUUAAGCAGACUGCCGCUGUCGGAAGAUGUGCGAGAGAGUGAGACCGCAGAACAAGUGCUCAUGAUUGAUCUUCUGGAUGACACACUCGUGGACACAGCCAAAAUAAAACACUGGACAGCUAAGGAUGUAAUAUUGUCUCAAGUUCAUGGUUAUGUCCAGGGGCGGACUGGCCAUCUGUAGAAUCUGGAGAACCACAGAACGGCCGGUGGUCAAGGGCAGUUGACGGCCGGCCGGCCCUUUAAUUGUUUUUGGUUUAACUUCAUCAUUUAAGUUGCGCUUCCGGCCGACAGAGGGCGACAGCGGCCGCUAAUGCAGUUGUGUGGUUCUUAUCUGUCAAAUAAUCACACACGAAGAAGAAAAAAGACCGGCCACACAGACGCCGCAGCAGACAGGGAGAAUGACAAAACAUGGAUAAAAAUCUAAGAAAAAGGAAAGAAAAAGGUGGGGCCGAGAAGGCAAGAGAAAAAAAGGUGAAGUUACUCGCAGGUAAUGCUAAUAAAUGUCGCAAAUUGACAGACCUUUUUGGCAGCAGUGCUGCUACAACUACAAGCACUAUCAUCACCAGCAGCUUAGAACAAGUGCAUGAUGAAGACGAGAAUGAUGAGGGCGCGAUGUCAUAUAUACAGCCAGCCUCCUGCGUUCAUGAGGGACAGAGAGUUGAGCUGGUGGAAGAACCAGCUCAACUGGCACAUGCAAGUGCAGGGCAAGAGCAAGAGGUGGUUGAGGAUGGAACAAGGGCUGAGGAUGACAGCCACUCACACGGCAGCUCAAGCCUGAGGUAUUUUCAACGCCCAAAUUCUGACAAUCACAGUCUCAAUAGUUUUUUUUCCUAUCACCCUCAGACCAAAACAAAAUAUUUGACAGUACAAAGACUGUUUAAACGCAUGAACGGCACAGAUAGAAAAUGGCUCACAUACUGUGAAGAGAACCACACAUUGUAUUGUGCAGUAUGUUUAGCAUUUGCCAAGCCAUCUGAAAACAAUCCCUUUGUAAGUGGCAUGCAGGACUGGAACCAUAUCAGUCAGAGAGUAGAGGAACACGAAAGGACCAUCAUGCAUAGAAUGUGUGCGGAGGCCUACUUUUUGAGGGCAUCCAAAUCAGACAUAGCCAGCCUACUACAUGGAUCACAAGUAGUGGCCCACAGAGAUCAAGUGAAGAAGAAACGGCAGGUGUUGGAACGUGUGGUAGAUGUAGUAAAGUUCAUAGGAAAGAGAGGACUUGGCUACAGAGGGAAGGAAUAUGAGGCAGCAUACACUCUAGAUGAUGACAACAUUGACCAUGGGAAUUUUCUAGAGCUCAUCAUUCUUCUUGGAAAAUAUGAUGUGUGUCUGAAAGAACAUCUCACUGAGUGCACAGAAAAAAGUAAGAAGAUGCACCAGUCACACUCACAGGCUAGAGGUCGGGGUUCUGCUGUAACAUUCUUGUCCAAAACAACUGUAAACAACGUCAUUUCCACAGUGCAGAGGCUAAUUCAGGAGACCAUUGCAAAAGAGGUUGCUGAAAGCGGUAUGUUUUCUGUACAAAUAGAUACAACCCAGGACAUUACGUCCCAUGAGCAGUGUUCUGUGAUUCUGAGAUACGUCACAGACACUGUCCAGGAAAGGCUUCUGGCAGUGGUCAAAUGUGAAGCAUCCACUGGCCAAUAUUUUGUCCAGAUGCUGACAGAUGUAAUGGAUCGUUUUGAUUUGGAUAUCAGCAACUGCAUCAGUAAUGCUACAGAUGGUGCGUCCAACAUGCAGGGUCAAUAUCGAGGCUUCUCCGCACUCCUGUCAUCCAAAGUCCCAAACCAUGUACAUGUUUGGUGCUAUGCACAUGUGCUAAACCUCGUUCUGUCUGAUACAACUGAAGUGUCCAUAGCUAGUGGGUCCCUUUUCUCCCUCAUGAAUGACAUUGCUGUGUUCAUUCGUGAGUCAUAUAAAAGAAUGAAUGUGUGGGAGCAUAAAAGCCAGGACACUCGACACAGACGCCUCUCCCCAAUUGGAGAGACACGGUGGUGGGCUAAAGAUGUAGCCUUGAAGAAGAUCUUUGGCUCAUUUGGAAAGCCAGACCAGGCUCUGUACAUUGAUGUCGUCAUGACACUAAGUGAAUUUCAAAGUCAGGCCAAUUUGAAAACUGCAGUGCGUGUCAGAGCAAGAGGAUUCUUAGAGGCGCUCCUGAGGUACGAGACAGUGUUGACUGCCCAGCUUUUCCUUCGGAUUUUGAAGUGA